AUUUUCUUUAGUGUAUAUUCUAAAACUUUUAGUAUAUUUCCAUCAAAUAGUUUCAAUAUUAGUUGAUAUUCUUAAAAGAAGAAUAUAUUCUAGGAAUUAGAAUAUAUACUUGUAUGGAGAGGCGUUAUGCGCAUGUGCAAUCGGGCGAUAGCAGAAACUUAUUAUAAAGUGCAGAGAUUCGCGCGGGCACGUGAAUGUUUAUUUUCAAUUUGUUUUAUUAAAAUACAGUUAAUAUGGAAGAAGUGAAAAUGUGGCUUCGAUUGUACGGGCUUUAUGAAUUAGAAGAUCGUUUUGAAUGUCAAAAAAUAAACACUAUGAAGAGGUUGCGUGGUUUGAACGAGGCUUUGAUUAAAGAAUUCGUUCCAGAAGUUGGACUUCGUUUAGAUUUAAUAGAGUGUCUAAAAUUAGAACAUGAGGUUGAAAACGGAGAUUUCAGUUCCGCAACCGACAAAUCAUUGUUUCAAAGUGAGAAGGACGAAUUAAGAGACUUAAAUCCAUUGAUUACAGUGCCAAGUACGACAGACAAUCAAGAGGAAAUUGGAAAAAAAAUUAAUAAACCGACAUCGUCGAAGAAUGUUAAAGAGACUGAAGAAUUGGCAGUUUCAAAGGAAUCGCAAGAAAUUACAAUCAGUGAUGAAGAGAACUCUGCAAAUAUAAAUAAAGAAUCUAAUACGAAUAAAUCACAAAGCAAGAAAAGAAAACGUUCGGCUGGAUGUGAUGAAAAUAAACAGAACAAACAUUUAGCUUCAUGGAGUGCAACCGAGUUUCUUAAGAAUUUGGAUUUACAUAAGUAUUUAAAUGAAUUCUCAAUUACAUCACAAAUUGCUGUAGAAAAUUAUGAAAAUAAUGGCUUCUUAAUAGAAUCGGAUAGAUCGCACAUUUGUGAUGCUGUAGCUGAAGCUAUUCUGAGGAAAAAUUUUACGCCAGGUCACACUGAGUACAAAACUGCUGCAACAAAAAUUUGUGAACUUUUUCCAUGCGAAAGUGAGGAAAUUUAUUAUAAUCCUCCAGAUAUUGCACAUCGGAAUGCUUUCGGCAAAUUGCCGAAUAAGAUUAAAAACAUCAAAUAUCAAUUGGCAAAACAGGGGAGUGGUUGUCCUUCCACAUCAGGCACAGAAUCGACAAAAUUAAAAUUCACAGAACCUUCUCAAUUAACAGGGAGCAGUGACAAUAAUGACGACGCUGUUAAAGCAGCUAUUUCUUUUCUAAAACACGAAAGUUGCGAUUCAUGGCCCGUAUUGCUUAAAAAAUGGUCUAUUACACAUGCCUUCAGAAAUAAAAGAUUAAAAAGUAGCAGACCCACAGAAAAUGUAGUUGAUAAUGCAGAAGAACAAAACUAUAUCCAGGAUUAUUUUCAAGAAUGGACAAUUCUAGGGCUUGCAAAUGGAUUUUCAUUGCUGGAUCAAGAUUUUAAAGAAUUGUUCCCUGGAAAAGAAGACGGUUUGCUCGCCCGAUGGGAAACUAGAAAAAUAUUGAUUGUUAAUCUGAUUAAAAAAGAAGUAGCUAAAACAGAUUUGCACACUUUGAAAUUAUUGAAGGAUUAUGACGCCGCUCCAGAAGGAAAACGUGAUUCAAUAAUUAUUCACAUGUUACCAUCUUUACUAUCAAAAAGAAUUCGCCGCAAAGAAUCAUCUGAUGUGACAACAUUUGCAGAAGCAAGAAUAUCUUUUGUUCUUCAUGUUAAGAUUCCUGGAGAUUUGCAAAGAUCCGUGGAGCAACAUGCCAAGAAACUAAAAAAUCUCAAUUUGAGUCUUCAACCAUUCAUCAUAUUAGUUGGACCAACUUUAUCGGAAAUUUCUGCAAGUUAUGUGCAGAUAAAUGGUGUACGUUACCUUUUGAGGACACCGAUUAAGGCUCUUGAUGUCUGUUUUAAAUCACAUUUCGCUCUCGACGCUGCGUAUUUAACACCGUGCAAAGCUGUCUUUUACUUUAUCCAAAAUUAUUUCUUCGAUAUUUAUUUAAAGGGAGAUGAGAAAAUACAGAGAGUGAGUGCAGUCAUUAGUUCACUCAGAGGAUUGGGACAGCAACAGAAAUAA